AUGAGACUCUUGUGGCUCUUCCUGUCUGUUGGCUGCCUGCUUAGCAGAAGCCAUGCUUUGUUGGAAGAUUCCAUUCAGAAAUCAGGCAUCCAAAGUGGUGAUACAGGAUUGGGUACAGGAUUGCUGACUGAUGAUGGAGGUGAAUCCAUUAACCUGGGAGGUGCUUCAUCUGUCAAGGUCCCUGAGAUCACUCCGGACAUUGCGGGUGAGCUUGGUCAACCUGAGAUGAACAUCCCAAGAGGCUUGGACACAAGUGACAUUACCAGCAAAUUGUCACCACCUGUCCUCAACCAAGACAUGCUGGCCCAGGAAGGACUGUUGAGUACUCUUAUUCUCAACAACCAGAAUCUAGUCACUGACAGGGAAAAACUACAAAUGCUACUCCUGGGUGGCAGAAUAUCAUUUGGUAUCAACAAUGAUCUCCUGGAUGCAGCAGGGACCAAUGCGGCCGAAGGCCUGGUCUGCAAAGGCUCCCUGGGUGGCCUUUGUGGUCAUGGGAGUCUCUCUGGCAUGAAUGAUGUUUUGAAGACCAUGAAUUCUGGGGAACUCGACAGCCGGCUCAAUGUCACCCGCUUCGACAUUGUCCAGCUGUCAUGGAAGGUCUUUGCCUCAUCUGAUCUCGAAAUUAAAUUUCAGACCAAGUUGACUAUCAAUUUCCCAGGGAUACUCUCAUUUCUUAAUGGCUCCACAGUGGAUGUGGACAUCGAGAUCCCCUUGCAAUUGCAACAGAUGGAGCUUGGUCAAAUGUCCUUUUCUGUAAAGAGCUGCCGGGCAGUAUUCACUGGGAUCCAAGUGCAUUCAGGUCUAAUCUCCAAAAUGAUGGAAUUAAUGUUGAAAUGGUCCUUGAACAUCUCCUUGCCCAACAUAUUGUGCCCAGUGGUCCGAUUCUGGUUCUACAUCAUCAACCAACAGUUGGCCAUUCUCCAAAAUAUCGCCUCACUUGGGAUGCCAGGGGGCGGCAACUUGCUUGAUACCGCACAGCCCAUGCUGUAUGAACGCACUUAUACCAUGGACUUUAAGAACAAAAGCUUCCCAGCUUCUUUCAUCAACUGGCUGGUUAGAAGUAAGUUUUCCUUCAUGUAUCCAUCCCAGAAUCCCACAAUCCUACCCCUCUCUUCGGUGUCGAAUGCCCUUUGGGAAGGGCACUGA